AUGCCGCUGUCUUCUGAGACUUUCGUCGCGCUCGCAGCGUUCGUUGCUAUCCUCGCCGCCUGGCUCAACACGCGCAGGCGGCGCGGCCUCCCCCCGGGUCCGCCCUCAGGCUACCCGUGGAUCGGCACCCCGCUUAAGCAUGCGAAGGGCGCGCGAUGGUUCCUCUACACCGAGUGGGCCAAGACAUACGGUGACAUUGUGUACUACAUGUCAUACGGACGCGACUACGUCGUACUCAACACGUACGAGUCCGCGCGCGACCUGCUCGUGCUCCGCUCCCGGAUCUAUUCUGACCGCCCGAAGAUGACAAUGGCUCGCGAACUUGUCGGAUACGACAACUCGAUUGCGCUCGCGGACAGCACGCCGCGCACUGUGUUCAUGCGCAAGGCAGUUCAGACCGAGCUGUCGCCGAAGAACCUCCCGCGGUUCCAGGGUGUCCAAAUCAAGGAGAACGGGCUCAUGCUCGGCAAGCUGCUCGAGAACCCAGCCGACUUCAUGGACCACGUCCGGAUCAUGAUGGCGUACUCCGUCUUCGCGGUCGCGUACGGGUACCGCCCGCAGUCGGACAAUGACGAGCUCCUGCUCAUGAUCAAGAAGAUGAUGGAGGACUUCGCCGUCUUCGCGACUCCGGGAAACUUCCUUGUGGACAUCCUCCCCUUCCUGAAGCACGUGCCCGCGUGGUUCCCAGGCGCCGAGUUCAAGCGCUUCGGUGAGGCUGCGGCGGAGCGCAUUAACGCCGUCUGCAAGCUGCCGUUCGACAGAGUCAAGGCGCGCAAGGCCGCGGAGGGCACUGCGGGGCUGUCCGUGACGGCGUCGUUCCUCGAGAUGCCUGACCUCACCCCAGAGAAGGAGCACAUGUUCCGCUGGUCGUCGGAGGCGGUGUACGCCGCAGGCUCGGACACGACCGUCUCCGCGAUCUACACGUUUGUCCUCUGUAUGGCGCGCAACCCCGACGUCCAGGCGAAGGCCUACGCGGAGCUCGAAGCUUGGCUCGGCGCCGCGGACAUGCGCCUCCCGACGUUCGAGGACCGCGCGGAUCUGCCGUACAUCGACAAGGUCCUCUGGGAGACGUUCCGCUGGUACGCGCCCGUGCCGCUCGGUUUGCCCCACCGCCUCACGCAGGACGACGUCUACCAGGGCUACACGUUCCCCAAGGGGACGACGGUAAUCGCUAACGUGUGGAACAUCCUGCACGACGAGGUGAUGUACCCCGACCCGUGGACGUUCAACCCCGACAGGUACGGCAACAGCGCGGACAUCGAGAACAGUAUCAACCAGGACCCGCGCAAGUCAAUGUUCGGCUUCGGCAGGAGGAACUGCCCGGGCCAGCACCUUGCCGAGGCGUCGCUCUGGCUCGCGAUCAGCAACAUCCUCAUGGUCUAUGAGAUCCAGGCCGUGCGCGAUCCCAAGACGGGCGAGCCCGUCCUCCCGCCGAUGGACUUCACGCCUGGGGCGAUUAGCAAAGCCCUGCCGUUCAAGGUCGACUUCAAGCCGCGUUCAGCGAGGGCGGAGACCUUGAUCCGCGCCACCUACAAGAAGGCGCUCGAGAACGUCGACAUAUAG